GUAACUUUAAACAAAUCAACAUUUUCCUUAUAUGCUCUUGUCUGUGUCGCUCUAGAUUAGUUGAUAGUUCGCUUAAUUACCACUACAAAUCCACCAAACAUAGAUAAAGCAAAAUCAAGAAUUGAUUUUUUUGAUUUCCCCAGAAAACGAAGGUGUAUUUAGUGAAAUGGGUAACCGAGGAUCGAAUUUCGGGAACCGGAUGUCGUUCUUGAUGCUCUCCAUGUUUGCUACCAUGGCUUGGUUUUAUGUCGCCGGCCGAUUGUGGCAGGAUACGGUGAGCAGAGUUUAUUUAGUAAACGAGUUGGAUAAGAGAACUGGACAGGGGAAGUCGUCCGUCUCUGUAGAUGACACGAUGAGGAUCAUUACUUGCAGGGAAUAUCAGAAGAGAUUAGCUGAUCUUAAUGUGGAUCUGGAGAAAGCUAGGCAUGAAGGUUUUGUGCCUAAGCAUCUCGUAGAAAAUAGUGUAACCACAAAGAAAAAACUUUUGGCUGUUGUAGGAAUAAUGACAAUGUUUGGACGCAAGAACAACAGAGAUGCCAUUCGUAAGGCCUGGAUGCCUACCGGCACUGCUCUCAAGAAACUGGAAACGGAAAAAGGCAUUGCCAUCCGAUUUGUGAUAGGGAAAAGUGUAAAUCAAGGUGACAGUUCAGACAGGGAGAUCGACAGUGAAAAUAGGGAGGCUAAUGACUUCAUGAUUCUCGAAAAUCAUGUCGAGACAACUGAAGAGCGAGCAAAGAAAACAAAACUGUUCCUGAUUCAUGCUGUGGAGCACUGGGAUGCUGAGUUCUAUGCUAAGAUUAAUGACGAUGUGUAUGUUAAUAUUGAUGCUCUUGGAUCGGUGCUUGCAAGUCAUUUGGAUAAGCCUCGCGUUUACAUUGGAUGUAUGAAGUCCGGAGAAGUUUACUCUCAGCCGAAACAAAAAUGGUAUGAACCGGACUGGUGGAAAUUUGGGGAUGGGAAAUCAUACUUUCGACAUGCUUCAGGUGAAGUGUUUGCUAUUUCACAACCACUAGCUCAGUUUGUUUCAAUCAACAGAUUAAUCCUCCGUGCCUAUGCUCACGAUGAUGUGAGUGUUGGAUCGUGGUUUAUUGGGCUUGAUGUUAAACAUGUUGAUGAAGGGAAGUUUUGCUGCUCAUCUUGGGCAUCAGGAGCAAUUUGUGCGUCUGCUUAAAGCUCAACUCUUGUGUUAGCGAGAAGAAGCUUCUGUUGUUAAAGUUUCCAAUAGCAAAGCAAUGGUGCUGACUAGUUUGGAGAAAUACAGAUGUACUAUUAUUCAACAGAGGAUUCGACUUGCACAGAAUGUGUUUUUUCUUCCAUUUGUUUGGGUUAUAGUAAUAUAAUUUGAAAUUUUCUACUAGUUUGGUUUUGUGAAUAAUUUGAAUUAUUAAUAUAUAUUGUAGGUAUUAUAGUGAUUUAAAUCA